GCGGCGCAGCGUUCCUUGCAGUGCAGUUGCAAAAUUCCCCGUUUCAGCCGGUUUUGCAAGGUGUGCAUUUCUUCUUUCGCUCUCUGCACGGAAACCGGCUGUCCAGAGGAAGAAACGCCUCCAUUGCAUGAAGAUCGCGGCUUGUAUUUUGCAUCUUUGUUGCAAAGCAAGCCGCAGAAGCUCCAAAGCGAGGAUGGAGGGAGGGAGGGAGAGAGAAGGCAAAGACUUGUGUGCUUCCCCUCCCCCCCAUCAAAGCAAAGGGGAGAUGUCUGUGCCGAAGGGAGGCAAGAAGAAGCCGGGCCUCAAGCUCUCCAAGGAGGUGUUUGCCCAGCCUCCCCCAGCUGCCGCACCCCCGAGAGAUCUGGACUCAAAAGCCUGUGUGACCAUCGGAGAUAAGAACUUUGUGGUGAAGGCUGAUGACUUGGAGCAGAUUGCGGAGUUGGGGCGGGGGGCAUAUGGGGUGGUGGAAAAGAUGAGGCAUGUUCCUAGUGGUGUCAUCAUGGCAGUAAAGCGUAUCCGCGCCACCGUAAACACGCAGGAGCAGAAGAGGCUGCUGAUGGACCUGGACAUCUCCAUGAGGACGGUGGACUGCUUCUAUACUGUCACCUUUUACGGAGCGCUCUUCCGAGAGGGCGAUGUGUGGAUCUGUAUGGAGCUGAUGGACACAUCGCUGGACAAGUUCUACAAGCAGGUGAUAGAGAAGGAGAUGACCAUUCCGGAGGACAUCCUGGGGAAGAUCGCUGUAUCGAUUGUCAAGGCCUUGGAGCACCUGCAUAGCAAUCUGUCUGUGAUACACAGAGACGUGAAGCCCUCCAACGUGCUGAUCAACACUCAGGGCCAGGUGAAGAUGUGUGACUUCGGGAUCAGCGGUUACCUGGUGGACUCUGUGGCCAAAACUAUGGACGCGGGGUGCAAGCCCUACAUGGCACCUGAGAGGAUAAACCCUGAGACCAAUCAGAAGGGCUACAAUGUCAAGUCAGACAUCUGGAGUCUGGGCAUCACCAUGAUUGAGCUGGCGAUCCUGCGCUUCCCCUAUGACUCUUGGGGCACGCCCUUCCAGCAGCUGAAGCAGGUGGUGGAGGAGCCCUCCCCCCAGCUGCCAGCCGACCGCUUCUCCCCCGAAUUCGUGGACUUCACUUCCCAGUGCUUAAAGAAGAAUUCUCAAGAGCGGCCAAACUAUACAGAACUCAUGCGACACGCCUUCUUCACCCUCCACGACUCCAAAGACACCGACGUGGCCAGUUUCGUCAAGAUCAUCCUAGGGGCCUGAGGGCGGGGCCUCCCCAAAACCCCACCCACCCCCACACUCACAGCUCCGCCCACUCACCGGUGGGAGGCAGGACGAUAUAACAAAAGCACUAACUGCAAACCAGACACCCGCAGGUAGA